GACGGUGAGCGCGUGCGCGAGCCCGAUGGCUGCUAGGGUGAGCAGAGCCGCCUCUGGGACCUCGGUCCAGCCGCCCGUCCAGCCCCAGCAGCCGGCGGCCGCGGCACCCAGCCAGGCCGGGUAGAGGAGCCCCACGAAGGGCAGCACCGUGAGGCGGCGCAGGCGGGCCAGGCGCCGGUACGGCCACACUGCGGCCACCAGCUCGUCCCCGCCCGCCACCAGUGCGGGCCCUGCGGGCAGCAGGAGCGGCCGCGCAGCCGGCGGCCCCCGACUCGGGCCGCUACCGCCAUCCGAGCCCGCCGCCGCCGCCAUCUUCCUCAGCUCGGCACUCGCUUCCGGGGACAGGCGCCGGCUCACUUCCGGUAUUCCCCUUCCGCGACUCCUGCAAGCCGCCAUCCCCGGCUGUGACCGGAAGGGGAGGAACGCAGGGACUUCCCAGGCACCGUGAGCACCUGCAGCGGCAGCGACAUGCAGGCGGCCUUAGAAGUGACAGCGCGCUACUGUGGUCGGGAGCUGGAGCAGUACGGCCAGUGCGUGGCUGCCAAACCGCAGUCGUGGCAGCGGGACUGCCACCACCUCAAGAUGAGCAUCGCCCAGUGCACCUCCUCCCACCCUAUCAUUCGUCAGAUCCGUCAGGACUGUGCUGAACCUUUUGAGGCCUUUGAGCUGUGUCUCCGACAGAAUGAAGCUGCCGUGGGCAACUGCGCUGAGCACGUGAGGCGAUUCUUGCAGUGUGCCGAACGGGUGCAGCCCCCCGCUGAGCCAAAUCCUCUCCAGGCGCAGUGAGCACUUACUUUUCUUGGGUCAUGGGAGUAUUGAGCAUUUGUGAACAUGGGAUUUUCUCUGGAGAGCCUUGCACUGGACUUGGUCACUGAUGGCUGAUCAGAAGGCAGUGCUGAGCCCACACUCCGCCAACCAAAUAAAGACACAUUUGUACAGAACCCUAGGUUCAAAAGCUUCUCCUCUACCUUGGACUGAGGGCAGUGAACUUCUCUAGGGUAAAUGCGUAAGAAAGGACAAAAAAGCUUUGUUUUUUAA